UUGCUGUACUUAUAUGAUCAUCUUGUGCUAUCCAAUGAAGUAAGAAGACGAGUUUUCUUGUUUUAUGGAGUUUUGUCUCUUGUUAGAUAUUUUGUACUCUGGAAGAAUAGUUUCAACAGAGUCAAGGCUGUCAAUGGAGCCUUGAAUCAGUGAUUUGGUUGAAGGAGAAGUUGGACUUAUUUCGCUCUGGAUUGUAAUUAAAGAGCUAACGGAGGAAAAUCAGCAAGGCCCGCCUCACAAGGCAGACGCCAUGGAAAAUGUAAUUUUCUGCAACUGUUUGAUUCUUCUACCCUGCUCUCCUGCCUUCAAUUACUACUUCCACAGGACCUAACUAUUAGACCCAGUGAAGCAAAGACUUCAAUGGCUACAGAGGGUUUGCUUAAUGGGACUGGGCUGCAGGUGAAGAAUCAACCGAAGCCCACUAAGCCCACUGCAGUUUCUGAGUUAGCCGUUAACACAAGCAUUGCGUGUAUCAGUCAAAGGAAGGACGUUCACUCUUGUCGUGACUUGAGUACGGAGAAGCCAGCUUGCUAUCCCACGCCAACUUGCUUCUCUGCUCUUAUCUUUAACAGGUUCUCUUGCCUAGAUGCUGGCGUAUGCUAACGUGAGCAUUACGUCAAGUAGUUCCCUUUGUCUCUUGUAUAUAAACAUUGCUUCUCUGUAAUAGGUUCUCAAGUUGAAUGAAAUACAAAGUAUAUUUUCAUCCUUUUCCAAUCUGUUGAGAUCUUCAUGGUAUCAGAGCUCAGCUAGUAGAUCUAUGGCAGACUCUCAAGAAUCUCUUGUUUCUCUUAGUAUCUCUCAUUGUGUUACCCUAAAGCUCUCUUCUUCAAACUAUCUUUUAUGGAAAACUCAGUUUGAGUCUUUGCUUCACUGGGUCUAAUACUAACCACACCUUCCGUUUCCGUAGGCGUUUUAUAUAUAAGAUUUUCCCUGUUUUUGGUUUCUUGUCGGGCACCAGCCUCUUGCAGUAUAAAUGGGGGUCUGUUGUAGCAAGGGCACAGGUACAAUUGUGGAGAAUGGCUCGGAUGAUGGUAAUGAACAUGGAGACGCAGAGGCUGCUGAUGUAAGGGACACAAAUGGUAGUGCCAUUAUAAGGUCCAACGGAUCAUCCAAACACGUUUCCAUGGCAAUCAAACAAGGCAAAAAAGAGAUAAAUCAAGACCCCAUGACAGUCUGGGAGAACUUUGGUGGGGAGGAAGAUAUGAUCUUCUGCGGUGUAUUUGACGGUCACGGCCCCAUGGGUCACAAGAUCUCUCGUCACAUAUGUGACAAUCUACCUUCAAGGGUCUAUAUCUAUGUCAGUAGAGAAGAUGAGUUUGUGGUUCUAGCCACCGAUGGGAUUUGGGAUGUUUUGUCAAACGAAUGGUGAAGAUUGUGGCUUCCUGCAAGGACAGGUCAGUGGCGGCAGAGACGUUGGUUCAGAGAGCAGCUCGGACAUGGAGAACGAAGUUUCCAUUCAGUAACAUGUGGACCACAAGAACAUUGCAUGUAGCGAAGUUAAGAAGCGUCAAAUAAAUUGAUACAAGACACAUAUCCAUGUACAAUCGAAAUUUAGUUGCGACUUUCUGGUUAAUGUACCUUGUCGAAUUUGGCAGUUUUUGAUUGGGUGGUGGACUUGGCUCUGGGGUCGGCGUCAUCAUCCUCCUAUCUCAAUCUUGUACCAAUAAUAGUAUAAUAAUACAAAUAAGUAAAUACUAGAUGAUAACCCGCGCCUUGCGCGGGGUGAACUUUUUUUUAAAUAUAUUGUAUCUAAAUAAAUAAUACAUUUUUUGUUA